UGCGUAGCAAGUGUUUUUAAACAAUGUUUAAAUAUUAGUAUUUUUCAUCAACAGAUCAAUACGGUGUGGACCAGGAUAAGUUGGAGUGUCACCAUGCAGGGAUUCGGACUUAUUGGGUUGAGUUUGAUAGGUCUUAGUAUCGGGUGUAAUCAGCCACCAACAACGUUAACAACAACAACACCUGCUGGACCAACUAUACCUGUUUCCCAGUGCAAGUGUGGACAGGCUAAUGUUAUAAGAACUAAGAUUGUAGGAGGACAGGAAACAGAGAAAAAUGAGUAUCCUUGGCAGGUUGCUUUACUGAAAAGUCAAGAGCCAUCAUCAACAAAUAAACCUUAUUGUGCAGGAAGCUUGAUUAGCAAUCAGGAGGUGCUGACUGCUGCCCAAUGUUUAAUUAGAUCAACCAUAUAUGUUGCGUUAGGUGAACAUGAUACUAAUGAUCCUAACGAUGGGCAGAAGAUUGUAAAAGUAUGUAGUAGCACCAAACAUCCCAGCUACAGGUAUAAUGGAAACAAUGAUUUUGAUUAUGCUAUUCUGAAACUCUGUGAUUCACCAGUCACUUUUACAAAGGAGAUAUCCCCUGUUUGUCUACCAACUGCUAACAGUCUAGGGACUCAGUAUGAAAAUGUUGAUGCUAUUGUUUCUGGUUGGGGUACUACGAGUUCUGGCUAUGGGGGAAUUCAAUCAUCAACACUUUUAGAUGUGACGGUGACAACUAUGAACAAUAGCCAGUGUAAAACUAGUUACGAGAAGUUUACGAUUACUGAUAAUAUGAUCUGUGCUGCAGCUACCGGGAAAGAUGCAUGUAAAGGAGAUUCUGGAGGCCCACUGAUUAGGAAAGAGAGUAAUGCUGCAUAUACUUUGAUAGGAAUUGUAUCAUGGGGAUUGGAAUGCGCUCAGGUAAAUAUUAAGAAUUGGCAUCAAGGAGGACACGAAUCAUAAAUCCUAAAAAAGCUGAUAAGUUAAAAAUU